AUGAGUGAAAAAAGAAAAAGAAAUGACCUAACAAUUUAUGAUAAAUUGUCAAUAUUACAAAGUUACGACAAUUUACCAAAAAUGGGACAGCGAGAAGCAGCUAUAAAGCUACAAAUUUCCCAACCAAAAAAUGAUGCACGCAUUAAUGGUCCGAUAUUGCGUCAAAAAGCUGAAGAACUUGCAAAAAAAAUUGGUAUAGAAAAUUUUAUUGCCUCAGAAGGAUGGUUUCAUCGCUGGAAGAAACGAGAAAAUAUUGUUUACAAACGAACGUACGGAGAACAAAAAGACGCGGAUUUCUCGGCAGCAGAAAAUUGGUUAAAAACUGAAUGGCCAAAAAUUAUUUCAGAAUAUACGCCCGACAAUGUUUAUAAUGCUGAUGAAACCGGGUUAUUUUAUCGCGCCUUGCCUGAGCAUUCUUACUUAUUCAAAAAUGAAAACGCAAAAGGCUGUAAGAUAUCAAAAGAGCGCAUCACUGUCCUAUGUUGUGCGAGUAUGUCAGGUAAAAAACAAAAACUUUUGGUUAUAGGGAAAAGUAAAAAUCCUCGUUGUUUUAAAUCUGUAAAAUGUUUACCAGUUGAUUAUUACGCCAACACAAAUGCUUGGAUGACAUCAGUUAUUUUUAACGAAUGGUUAAUAAAGUGGGAUAAACAAUUAAAUAAUAAAACCGUUUUACUUAUUGACAACUGUCCUGCACACGUGGUUAGUGUAUCUUUAAAACACAUUAGAAUCAUAUUUUUGCCAGCAAAUACAACAUCAUUAAUACAACCAUGUGACCAAGGAAUAAUAAAAACCUUGAAAUCAUAUUAUCGCAAACAAAUGCGGACAAGAAUAAUAGACAAUAUAGAAAAUACAAAUGAUCAAGAAAAAUUGUCCGCUAAUGAAUUAGCAAAACAAACCAACCUCUUAGAUGCAUUACAUCUUAUAACAAUGGCUUGGGACCAAGUGACAGAUAAAACAAUACGAAAUUGUUUUAAACAUGGAGGUUUUGCAGAAAGUGUCGAGGGGGAGGAAGAAGAAGAAUAUGAAGAAGUAGACUUAGAUUUUGAAAAUUGGUUGAAAAUCGAUGAAAAUAUACCUACUACAUCAAAUUUUACUGAAGAAGAUAUUGUACAUGCUUUAUCACAAACAAAUGAACCUGGAGAAAUUGAAAAUGAAGAAACAGAUACUGAAAAACCUCCAAGUUCUUCGGAAAUGAGAGAGGCUCUACGAGUAUUACGAAGGGGAGUGCAACAACAUUCAUCAAAUUUUGAAUUACAAUACAAAUACGAACAUUUUAUCAAUGAUCUUUUAACGUAUUAUCAAUCGGAUUAUGUUAUCAGUUAUGUCCCGUACCAAAGUGAUUACAUUAAGCGGCGACUACUGUAUUUUUAA